UAUAGUUUAUACAUUUAUCUAUGUUAUAUUAUAUAUCUUUUUUAUUUAAAAAAUCUGAAAGUUGUGAGAAAACCGAACUGCAGCAUUUUUCACAUGAAAAAACUUGAGGAACUUAGAGUUCGUCUAAAAUACCCACGACCGUUUAUUUCAAGUUCUACUUACGCUGGCCUACUUUUAGGAAUAUAUUUUACAUUUAGGUAAUGCUUUUAGAAAGGAAACGAAGAAAUAACAAUUCGUUGAUAAGAAAACGAGGUUUUACUUUCAUGAUGAGAAUGAACACAUCCACUUAUUAUUCUCGUACAAAGGCACCAGUGGGGAAACUCCCGCGUUUCACCGUCCGACGCCAACUGCCGGAAUCUUUACACUUGUGCAGCGGCCAACACUUUCGACGGAUCAUGCAACGGGCUUAUAUUCCGGGCAGAUCUCAGAUGAAAGUAUCGGGUAAGUUUCUCUACGUGACCCGCGAUAGCAUGUCCCAUCCUCGAGUCUCGACCACGGCCCGUUUCUCAUGGAACGAGGUCGUGCCGUAUCGAAAUCGCUUGAUUGGAAAAAUUAAAGCUUGAAAGGAAGUAAUCAAAUAGCCAGGAAGCCGAAGGAUAAUGGUAGGAUGCAGGCGGAAUCAUCGGAUGCAAGAGGAAAUAAAAUGUUUCUAUUGGUCAGACAGAACGGCCCUGGUAAGAUAUUGCCAGGAGGCCGAUAAAAGUAGCUGAACUUUGCUAUAGAAAGCCCUAAGCUAACGGUACCCUCUUACCGAUCCUCAAAGAUGAGGCCAUUGUUUUAACCGCGAGGAUAUAGGGCAGCCUGAUUAACUUUCAACAAAUAGGUAGGAAAU